CUCACUCCUGAACAUUAUCUCCUCAUCAAGAAGGAAGAGCCUAAUCCGUGACGUCCAUCGAAUGCAAUAAUAAUAUGACCAUGACAACUACCACAGGAGAGCAAAUUCGACGGAAUGAGUUCGCUCCAGCCUUUGAGAACGACCCGACCCCCCAUACGACUAGACAAGAUCUACCCAGGGAUACCUACCGCGAAGACGAUUUGGAUGAUAACUCUGAUACCCCCGACAGUGAGGAUGACUCUCCUGAGUCGGCAACCCCUACACUAGGUAGUAAUGGCGGUAAAAAAUCAAAAAAAUGGACCAAAUGGGCCUACGAAAAUUUGAUGAAAACAGUCUCCGCUGCGAAGGGAGUUGCAUCGCAGCCCGUCGUUCAUUUCGUCAAGGAAUAUCUAAAAGGAACUAAGCUAAUUUUUGUGGUCGGCCAAACGGGAACUGGAAAGUCGACCAUCCUCCGUGAGCUAACUGGGUUGGAUUUGAAGAUUGGGUAUACUUGGAAAUCAGGUACCCGAAAGUACGAAAUCUGCCCGGCUGUCAUUGACGGGGAACAAUACAUCUUCGUGGAUACGGCCGGCUUUGGUGCCUCAGAUAUGGAUGAUACAGCUAGUUACGAAGAUAUCAUGAGCUGUUUACAGGCUCUCGGUCCUUUUGUCACAGUUGCCGGUCUUAUUUUCCUCUACGGCAAGAUCGAAAACCGACUGAGGACCGAGGACCUUAAGACCAUCCAAUGGGUCCAAUGUUUUUGUGGCCCAGAAUUCUUCCAGAAUAUUAUAAUCAUGACCAACAAGUGGGAUUCAUGGAGUCCGGAUGAUUUUGAAGAGGCUUGGGAGAGGGUUCCAGAACUUCUCCAUCACGAGGAGAUAAACCAAAUCUUAGAUCCACCCGGCCGCUACCCUGGAGGCACAGUAUAUCAUCACGGCUUUCCAGGAGGCAAGGGAUCCGUCGAUAGCUACGGACAUAUCCUAAACAGGAGGCGUCAUUCCCGCGAAAGGGGUAACGAGCUUAGACAGUUGAUCCGACAACACUACGCGAAGGCGAAGCCGGUAAAGCUUCAGGUUGUUCAGGAGCUCGAAAGCGGCACUCCCAUGGCAGAAACAGAGGCAGCCAAAGUGUUAAGGGUAGACCCGGUUAAGACUAGAAUCAGAAUCGAAGGAGACCGCGCCGUCGUCCCAGGCAAAUUCGGCGCUCCCCCAACUCCAAGUCUUACCACUGGACAGUUGCAGGUGCAAACCCCACCAUCAGCUGAGUCUACUCCAAGUAUCCCCAAUUCUAACGCCGCGACCCAAGUAGUGAAAGGAAACAAGACGACCCAACCUGCCACCCCAAAACAUCCCAUCUCAGGAUCCCCGCCCUUAGAGGACCCAAAAGACACAGAGCCAGAGCCACCCACGACAUGGUGGGGGAAAGUCCUCCAAUGGUUUAAUAUCGGCUGGCACAUCGCUGGAUUUUUCAGGAGGUUUCAGAAGCAAUAGGGCUGAAUCCCAGAAAUAAACUUUCAUAAAUCGAAUGGUUAGCAGACACCUGAAAGGUGACGAUUAAGGAUAACGCAGACGGCCAUUAUUCACAUUCGUUUCGGUCAUCGGAUACAUUACCUACUCGGGCGAGGACCUAUGUUUACAGCACUGCCUACCCGGAUACUAAAUUGCUGAUGCUUGCUUGGAAGAUUUCCGUACCUAUCGGGUUUCACUGUUGGCUAAGACUGUUUUUGCAAGUUACUUCAUCUAUUCUAUUAUAAUUCUGAAUAUAAUGAACGAAGC